AUGACCAGCCAAAUUAAGCUUGCUCCAAAGGAGUAUGAGAAGGACAAGAGUUUUGCCGAGGCACUGCACGGUAAGGAUGCCACCAACGCCAGCGGAAUGAAGGCCUGGGUGAAGAAAAACAAGAACGCUCAGGAAGUGGCCAUGGAGGGCUACUUCAAGCACUGGGACGGUAAGACCGACGAGGACACAGAAAAGUCCAGACUGGAGGACUACUCUGCGCUCACCAAGCACUACUACAACCUGGUGACCGACUUUUACGAGUAUGGUUGGGGCUCGUCGUUCCACUUUUCCAGAUACUACAAAGGUGAGGCCUUUAGACAGGCCGUGGCCAGACACGAACAUUACCUUGCUCUGAAGAUGGGACUCAGCGAAAACAUGAAGGUGCUGGAUGUCGGAUGCGGUGUUGGAGGCCCUGCCAGAGAGAUCACUCGGUUCACCGACUGUGAGAUUGUUGGUCUGAACAACAACGACUACCAGAUCGAGAGAGCCAACUACUACGCCAAGCAGCUCAAGUUGGACCACAAGCUCUCGUUUGUGAAGGGCGACUUCAUGCAGAUGGACUUUGAACCAAACAGUUUCGACGCUGUGUACGCGAUCGAGGCCACUGUGCAUGCUCCUGUUCUCGAAGGAGUGUACGGCGAGAUCUACAAGGUGUUGAAGCCCGGCGGAGUGUUUGGUGCGUACGAGUGGGUCAUGACCGACGAGUACGACGAGACCAACGAGGAACACCGCAAGAUCGCUUACGGUAUCGAGGUUGGUGACGGUAUUCCUAAAAUGUACCCGAGAAAAGUUGCCGAGCAGGCUUUGAAAAACGUUGGGUUCGAGAUCGAGUACGCCAGAGACAUGGCGGACGCUGGCGACGAGAUCCCAUGGUACUACCCGUUGAGCGGCGACUUCAAGUACGUUCAGUCGUUGGGCGACCUGUUCACGGUGUUCAGAACGUCGUAUUUCGGCAGAACCAUCACCACUGCAAGUGUUGGCCUGAUGGAGAAGCUGGGUCUGGCUCCAAAGGGCUCGGUCAAGGUGACUGCCGCUCUGGAGGACGCUGCCGUGUACCUCGUGGAAGGCGGUAAGAAGAAGCUGUUCACCCCAAUGAUGCUGUACGUUGUCAGAAAACCAUUAGAUGCCAAAUAG